GACCCCUGGGCCUCCCCCAUGGCCUCUGAGACCCCCACCAUGACCCCAUUGACCCCUCCCCCCGACUCCUGGGUCACCUCAGGGUCCCCUCCCCAGGACCCCCUUGGCGCUGCCCAGAACUGGCAGGAUCAGGGGCCAGAGACCCUCGGUGUGACCCCUGUGUCUACCUGGGACCCCUCCCAUGACCCUUGGGACCUCCCCACCCUUCCCUGGACCCCCUCUGUGACCCCUGGGACCCUCACUCUGAUUCCUAGGAGCACUCGGGACCCCCACCCUGUGGGUGUCCAGACCCAGAAAGGGCUGGGGGUGCACUGGGACCUGUCGGGACGGGGGGGGGACCUUAUUUGGGGUACAGAAGGACCUUUUGGAGCCUGUGGUGGCUUAGGGAUGACCACGGACACAGUUCCAUGGAAUCCUGGAAUGACUCGACUUGGAAAUGACCUUAAAUCCCGUCUUCCACUGGAAAGGGCUUGUUCCGAGCCCCGUCCAAGCUGGAACCCUUUCAGCGAUGGGGCAGCCACAGCUUUUUCUGGGCAGUCCAGGGAAACACAUCCAGGACUCCCUGCUCGGAGGGGCGGGCCGGUGCACCGGGAGCGCUGCGGGAUGCCGCUCUGUCGGGAUCGCUGCACCCGGAAUUCCCAGCUCCGGCUCCAAGGAACCGGGAAGUCCCCGCGCCUCCGGCCGCUUCCUCCCGCUGGAAUAAUUCAGCGCUUCCUGCCCAGCCCCUCGGUUCCUGCCCAGCCCCUCGUGUGCCACCUCUCCCUUCCCGCCUUCCUUUUGCCUCUUCGGCCCAGGGGGAGCGCCAGGGGAGGCUGCGGGCCUGGCAGGACGGGCUUUUCCUGCUUUUCCUUCUGCUGCAGCGGAAUUUCGGGACGGGGUGCCUUGCUCCUGAUUAAAGUGACUGUGGAAGAGGUUUUCCUGUGGGAAGGACAUCUGUGGCCCGGAGAGGGACAUUUGUCCCCUGCCUCAGGGUCUGCCCUGAGCUCCUGGGACUCUCCAUGUGGUGAGCAAGGCCUCCAGUCAUCACAUUCCUAUUCCCUGAGCCGGUGCUAUGGGAGGCCCUACCUGAGCACUGCUGUCAGUGGCACGAGGGCCUGUGACUUCCCAGUGAUUCAGGCUCCCCUUCCUGUCCCCAGUCCCUGUGUGUUCCAUCUCCAGUGCCGACCGGAGCUGCCGGGCCCCGUGGAGCCCCGGGAGCUGUUCCAGGCAUGA